AAGGCAGCGCGGAGCCGCCGCCGGCCGGGCCCAUCCCGCCGCAGCGGCCCCUGGGCCGAGCAGGGGCGAGGAGCAGAGGGAGCAGCGCCAAGCGGGGGCCAGAGCGCGGCCAGAAUGGUGCUGGAAGGAAACCCUGAAGUGGGGUCUCCCCGAACCUCAGACCUCCAGCACCCGGGGAACCAGGGCUCUUGCGUGCUCUCUUCUCCCGGUGAAGAUGCACAGCCAGGGGAGGAGCCCAUCAAGUAUGGCGAACUCAUCGUUCUGGGCUACAAUGGGUGUCUGGCAAGUGGGGACAAGGGCCGCCGCCGAAGCCGCCUGGCACUGAGUCGCCGGCCACACGCCAAUGGAGUGAAGCCAGAUGUCAUUCACCACAUCUCAACGCCGCUCGUCUCCAAGGCACUGAGCAACCGUGGCCAGCACAGCAUCUCCUACACACUGUCCCGGAGCCACUCGGUCAUAGUCGAGUACACUCAUGACAGUGACACAGAUAUGUUCCAGAUCGGCCGCUCCACGGAGAACAUGAUUGACUUCGUGGUGACAGACACGUCCCCCGGGGGAGGGGCUGCCGAGGGCCCCUCUGCCCAGAGCACCAUCUCCCGCUAUGCCUGCCGCAUCCUCUGUGACCGCCGGCCACCCUAUACUGCCCGCAUCUACGCCGCUGGCUUUGAUGCCUCCAGCAACAUCUUCCUUGGAGAGCGGGCAGCCAAAUGGCGGACCCCCGACGGGCUGAUGGACGGCUUAACCACCAACGGGGUCCUGGUGAUGCACCCAGCAGGCGGCUUCUCUGAGGACUCAGCCCCGGGUGUCUGGCGGGAGAUCUCGGUCUGUGGGAAUGUGUAUACUCUGAGGGACAGCCGCUCGGCACAGCAGCGGGGGAAGCUGGUGGAAAACGAGUCCAACGUGUUGCAGGACGGCUCCCUCAUCGACCUGUGCGGGGCCACGCUGCUGUGGCGCACGCCGGCCGGGCUGCUGCGGGCGCCCACGCUGAAGCAGCUGGAGGCCCAGCGGCAGGAGGCGAACGCGGCGCGGCCCCAGUGUCCGGUGGGCCUCAGCACCCUGGCCUUCCCCAGCCCGGCGCGCGGCCGCACGGCACCCGACAAGCAGCAGCCCUGGGUGUACGUCCGCUGCGGCCAUGUCCACGGCUACCACGGCUGGGGCUGCCGGCGAGAGCGGGGCCCCCAGGAGCGCGAGUGUCCCCUCUGCCGCCUCGUGGGGCCCUACGUGCCCCUGUGGCUCGGCCAGGAGGCCGGCCUCUGCCUGGACCCUGGGCCGCCCAGCCACGCCUUUGCACCCUGCGGCCACGUCUGCUCUGAGAAGACUGCCCGCUACUGGGCUCAGACGCCACUGCCCCAUGGCACCCACGCGUUCCACGCUGCCUGCCCCUUUUGUGGGGCCUGGCUCACCGGCGAGCAUGGCUGUGUCCGCCUCAUUUUCCAGGGGCCGCUGGACUAGGCUCCCCGGGGCCCCUUGCUGCCGCGCCUGCCUGCCCACCUGGGUCCCCCACCUCCAGGGAGCUCUGCAUGUGAGACUACCUGCUGGCUCAUCGCCACGCCAGAUGGACACUUUGGGUGGGCGGUGCCCUUCCCCUCCUAACUUGGGCUCCAGACGGGGUCCCUGGACCCCCACCCAGGACAGAAUGAUGAGGCUCUCAGCACCAGCUCUGUCCUGGGCUUUGGAGGGAGGCCCAGCCCUAUUGCCCCAGCCAUUCUAGGGGCAUCCCCCAUCAUGCCGCCUACACUGUGCCCCUGGGGGAAUGAAGGGACCAUGAGUCCCUGACCCCCAGCUUAGGCUGGCUGUGCCCUGAGCCUGCCAACCCAGUUCUAGAUAAUCCACCCCACCGCUGCUGCCCUGGGUUCCCCUAUAAACCUGCUGCUCAGCUGCCUUCACGAA